AUGCUAAAGGCAGCUAUAAGAGCGGUUGAAACAGGCAAAGCUGGACUUGUCGGCCCAAGACUGUUACAUAGUAUGGUUCCCUACGACGUGAAUAGAGCUCAAGAAUUGAUAGCUAGAUACAAUGAAGUGAAGUCUUCCUGCGAUGCUGCUUGUGAAAAAGCCGGUGUCAAUCGUGAAGUCUUACUACUUGCAGUGUCCAAACUAAAGCCUGCUAGUGAUAUUCAAAUUCUUUAUGACCAUGGUGUUCGACAUUUUGGUGAGAAUUACGUCCAAGAAUUGAUAGAAAAAUCUAAGUUACUUCCUCAAGACAUUCAAUGGCACUUCAUUGGUGGUUUACAAACUAACAAAUGUAAGGACUUAGCUAAAGUUACAAAUAUCCGUUAUGUGGAAACUAUUGAUUCUUUGAAAAAGGCUAAAAAAUUGAAUGAAACCAGAGUAGAAGGCGCACCAGUAAUUCUUUGUAAUAUCCAAAUUAACACCUCUGAUGAAAGUCAAAAAUCUGGAUUGAGCAACGAAAAGGAAAUUUUUGAAUUAGUAGAAUUUUUCCUAAGUCCUGAGUCCAAAAAUGUCCAAUUAGAAGGCCUUUUGACUAUCGGUUCUUGGGACUCUUCUCAUUCAGAUGAUCCCAAUGUCGAUAAUGCUGAUUUCUCAACUUUAGCUCACUGGAAAUCGAAGAUCGAUGAAAAAUUCGGUAUCAAUUUAAAAUUGUCUAUGGGGAUGAGUGCAGAUUUUAAGCAAGCCGUUAGACAAGGAUCUUCAGAAAUCAGAAUAGGAACUGACAUAUUCGGUACAAGACCCGCAAAAGCUGAUGCUAAAAUCAUUUGA